GCUGACGUCGGCCCAACAUGCAGCUACGAAAGGCAUUACGCGUCACCCGUAUGAACCUCCAUAACGAAAAUUCGGAUGAGUGUGGAUAAGGACAUAGAAUUUGAUGAAGCUAUUCUGGACGACUACUGCCUUGGUGUCGUGAAGGAAGCUCUGCGAAGAAUCCAUGAGAAAGAGAUAGAAAACUGUUUGAGCCUUUUGGACCGUUAUAUACCAGAUAAUCCCACGAUAUCCCGUGAAGAUCUGAAGAGGCUGUUCCUCGAGAACCCUCCAGGUAAUGGACACCAUUAUAUUAUUCAGCAGCAUGACGCUCCGAGAGCUGGUUUACAUUGGGACCUUCGUCUGCAGACAUCCCUUGGAAAGACAAUGUCAUUCGCUUUCCCAAAGGGAUUACAAGGAACGAAGGGAGGUGCACCGAGAUUGGCCGUUGAGACGAUGCUUCAUCCGUAUUACGUAGGCUUCAACCCUACUAACCUUACGACCAUCACUGAUGACCCGCUCAGUAUAGCUUGAUGGAGUUUGGCAACCCAGGCCAUGGGAAUCAUAUCAUGUGGGACUGUGGUACCUAUGAGAUACUACCAAGCAAUCCUCAUGAAAAGGAC